AUGGCAGUUGCAACAUCUGGUGCUGUGUUGAACAGGUUUGGAUCUCACUUCUUAUGUGGAGGAAAGAGGAGUCAGGCACUGCUUGCUGCUGGCACUGGAGCAAAAGUUGGUGCUGCUGUUACUCCUAAAAGAGUUAUUGUGGCAGUUGCUGCUGCACCAAAGAAGUCAUGGAUCCCUGCUGUAAAAAGUGGUGGGAAUUUCAUUGACCCAGAAUGGCUUGAUGGCUCGCUACCAGGUGACUAUGGUUUUGACCCUCUAGGACUAGGGAAGGACCCAGCAUUCCUCAAAUGGUAUAGAGAAGCUGAACUCAUUCAUGGGAGGUGGGCGAUGGCUGCAGUUGUAGGCAUCUUCAUUGGGCAAGCGUGGAGUGGAGUUCCAUGGUUUGAGGCUGGAGCUGAUCCUAAUGCAAUUGCUCCUUUUUCGUUUGGUUCUCUUUUGGGUACCCAGUUGCUUCUAAUGGGAUGGGUUGAGAGCAAGAGAUGGGUGGACUUCUUCAACCAAGAUUCUCAGUCAGUGGAAUGGGCCACCCCAUGGUCAAGAACUGCUGAGAACUUCGGCAACUCUACUGGUGAUCAAGGCUACCCUGGGGGCAAAUUCUUUGACCCUUUGGGAUUUGCUGGGACAAUCAAGGGCGGUGUUUACAUUCCAGAUGCAGAAAAGCUAGAGAGACUGAAAUUGGCUGAGAUUAAGCAUGCUAGGAUUGCAAUGUUGGCUAUGCUGAUUUUCUACUUUGAGGCUGGACAGGCCAAGACACCCAUUGGUGCUCUUGGCUUGUAA